AACCAAAUAUUACAAGAAAAAAAACCUAAGUAUACAGACCUAAAUUUCGUAUUUCGGCAAAUUUCCGUUUGAUUUUCAUCCAUGGCUAGACAUGAAUUUGACGCUCAUCACCAUAAACAACAUGCUAGAUAUUCAAAGUUUCGACCUGGUGAUGAUGAAGAGGAAGGUGAAAUUCUCGAGGAGGAAGAAGAUCAAUAUCUGGUAAUCACUUUUCCCUUUUAUCGGAUUUUUUUUAUUCUGUUCUUCUAUUGAAUAACUUUUUAUGAUUAAUUUUUUUUCUUUUCCAAAACCUCAAUUAUGACUAAUUAAUUAAUGUCAAACAAAAGACUACUUUGUGAUGAAAUUACAGGCGAAAGUGUUUAAUUAGGGGGAAACUUGGAAGAGUAAUCACCGUUUAAUUAGGAACUAAUUAUGAGAGGUGGCAUUGAGGAUCGAAGUCUUGUGGGGAUGGAUUUAUAGGGGACAUGCAUGUUGAUUAUGAUUCGAGAAAACGCAGGAAGGUGGAUGAUCGAAUUGAGCAUUGUAGUCCAGAUGUUUGGGAUAUGUAAGGUUGCAGUCAGGAGAUGGUAUUAGAGAAAUAGAGAAAGAGGCAUGACAGGAAGGAUGUUCAGGAGAGGGGUACAAAAAGGGAGUGGCAGAGGGAGAAGCAUGGCAGCUAAGACAUUCGGGAGAAGGAGAGGCGUGGCUGUAAGGGUAUGGAUUGGAAUCGGGACAUGAAAAGUAGAGAAAAGAAGAAUAUUAGGCAUCGAGAACAUGAGCAGUUAGAACAUUGUGAUGAAACAACAAGAUAUGCAGAGAAGGAUGUUGCUUGUGAGGAAACUGUUGAACCGAAACUUUCUGAACUGGAAGAAGAAGAGAAUAUUGAUAGAGUUGAGGAAAGCAGAAAAAGAAGGCAAGCAAUUUUGAAAAAAUACAAAUAUAAAAAACUAGAGUUACAAAAUCAGGUUCAACCUCAACCUGAGGUCCCAGAAAAAGAAGAAAAUGCUUCUCUACCUAUAGACAAGGUACUGGGGCACUCUUCUCUUACUAUUAGUAUUGUUCCUGAACUUUCAGAUUGUAAGGAUGUUGUCCCAGAUGUUGAUGGUGUUGACUCGAUAUUCUCAGUAGGGAAAUCGCCGCUACCAAGUAUAACGGCAGUUUCUGAGAAGACUCAAGGUGCUGAGGGAGUGGAUUCUGGUGCUUCAAAGAGGAAAGGAGAUGGUUUACAAGUGAAAAGAAGUGGGCCCAAUGAUAAUUGGGAUAAUAAACAUGGGCAUUAUAACUGUAAAGCUGGAGAUAUACUUGUCAGCAUGUAUGAGGUCACUGCUAAACUUGGGAGUGGUGUUUCUUCCACUGUUGUUCACGCCAAGGAUCUCAAGGCAGGGAAACAUGAUCCAAAAGAAGUUGCCAUAAAGAUCAUAUACAAUAAUGACAUCUUGAGCAAAGCUGAUCAACUAGAGCUGGUUAUAUUAAAGAAGCUAGCUGCUGCAGAUCCAAAGGAUAGAUCGUACUGUGUACGAUUACUCUCAAGUUAAGCAUAGGAAUCAUCUUUGUUUAGUUCUUGAAUCACUUGAUUCGAGUCUACGUAAGAUUAUAGAUCAUAGCACUGGCCAUCAAUUAACUGUAGUGAUGGCUUACACGGAACAAAUGAUUAUCUCAUUAAAGCAUCUCAAAGAGUGUGGCGUUCUGCAUUGUGAUAUAAAGCCAGACUAGUUAGCAAGGCGAAAAAUAGUAUAAAAGUUUGUGAUUUCGGUGUUUCCA